CGGAAGCCGCUUUUGGGCACCGUGGGGGAAGUAAGUGUUAGGCUUUCGGUGGUCCUACGUCUGGAACGUGUGAGGACUCACAGCCCUAGCAGGUAAAGGUUGCUAGGUGGAGUUGGGCUAUUUACUGAACUUUCUCUCCCUGGUUGCUAGGGAGAAAUUUACUUAAGAAUUUUUCUUACCAUGGCUUUGGUUCACAAACUGCUAACUGGCACUUACAGUCUCAGCAAAUACCCAAAGCCAAGGGUCGCCUUGCAUCCACUUUUGGGUAAUCGCUUUGCGGUCUAUUGUUCCAUUAGUCAGAAAACAGUGGCUGUUCCUGACAAAGCCUCCUCUCAGAGAAAGACUGAAGAGGACUUGCAAGGCCAUCACCAGAGGGAAGCUGGCUUGGAUAUGCCUUCUCCUGAGGAGAAACCUGAAGUUAGUUUUGAUAAAGCAAUCAGAGAUGAAAUAAAGGACCAUUUUAGGCGUUUGAAGGAUGAGAUUGUGAGUCACUGGAUAGGGCCCGAAGGCCGUCCUCUGCAUGAGGUCUUGUUGGAGCAAGCCCGAGUUGUGUGGGAGUUCCGUGGAAAAGAAGAUUUGGAUAAGUGGAUAGUGACUUCUGAUAAGACGAUUGGAGGCAGAAGUGAAGUGUUCCUGAAAAUGGGCAAGAAUAACCAAAGUGCAGUGCUGUAUGGAACUCUAAGCUCCGACGCACCUCAGGAUGGGGAGAGUAGACGCAGUGGGUACUGUGCAAUGAUAUCCCGGAUUCCAAGGGGCUCUUUUGAAAGGAAGAAGUUUUAUGAUUGGUCCCAGUUCAACACUCUGUAUCUCCGAGUCCGUGGUGAUGGUCGACCUUGGAUGGUGAAUAUCAGGGAGGACACAAAUAUAACUCAGAGGGCAAAUCAAAUGUACAGUUACUUCAUGUUCACCCGUGGGGGGCCCUACUGGCAGGAGGUCAAGAUUCCUUUCUCCAAAUUUUUCUUCUCUAAUCAAGGAAGAAUCCGGGAUGCCCAGUACCAGCUUCUCCUUGACAAGAUCUCAUCUAUUGGAUUCACCCUGGCUGAUAAAGUAGAUGGUCCAUUCUUCCUGGAAAUAGAUUUUAUUGGAGUAUUUACUGAUCCAGCCCACACAGAAGAAUUUGCCUAUGAAAAUUCUCCAGAGCUUAAUCCAAGACUUUUUAAGUAGAGGUCAUGUGGUAGUUCUGGAAGUAGCAUCCACAACAACAUAAACAAAAUAAAGUAUUUCUUUAGUGAAA